AUGUCGUUGGCCUUACAUGCACAUCAGAUUUUGUUGGUCGCAACGCUCGCCUUUAUUAUAGGUGUUCUCGUACCAUGUUGGUAUACAUCACCGAAUUUACAAACAACACGAACUGUUUUUCAAGUUUGCAACACAACUGCAUCGACAUGCGAAUGGACACUCCUCCCGAGAUCGCAGCUCAAUUCUGUUACUAAAAUUUUACCAUUAGUCGCUGCUGUAGCAUCAAUCGCAUGUGCCGGAUUAAGUCUGAUAAGUUUACUUCUUGGUUCAUGGUACAUUCAACGGUUUUCUGGCGACAUUGGCUCGAAAUGGUUACUUGUUCUCACGAUCGUAGCAGUUCUAUUCAGUUUCAUUCUUUCAUGUCUUGUUUGGGUACUUAUGUUAACAACAAAUCUGUAUCAGAACGAUACCAACACGAAAGAGAUUCGAUUACAAGAUUUCGGCUUUUCAAUUUGGAUUAGUAUAGGUGCGUCAAGCACAUAUUUUUAUGUAUUUUUCAUUUAUCUCAUCGCCAUUUGUAAAAGUUGUUGA